AUCAUCCUGCGGCGGCAGCGCAACAACCUCGCGGCUAAGCGAUACCGGCAGAAGAAGAUCGACCGCAUUGAGGAGCUGGAGAAAGAGGUCAAGCAGGUGACGCAGGAGCGCGAUGAGCUGAGGAUCCGGCUGGCGCGGCAGGAGGCCGAGGUGGCGGCGCUGCGGGAGAUGCUGAAGAUGAAGCACAGC